UCAGUUUGUGUGGCAGAUUAAUUAUUAUGUAAGGUACUAGCUCGAAUUCAUGUAGCCGAGUGCAUAUGAGCAAGAAACUAAUCCUUCAUGCCGUGGUCGUAGUAGAGUUAUUUGGGCGUCUGUAUCCAGGCUGCGUAAGCACAUGCCCAACGACCCCUUUUCUCGAGCCAAACUUGAAAUAUAAUGCAGUGUACUUCAUAGUUAACGACAGCUUGGAUGAAUGUCCAGCUUUAAAAAAGAGGGGCUUCUGCGGAUAAGUGUUAGCAGAGGAAAUUUACGAGUGAAGCUAACAUUACCUCAGUGUAGGUGGUGACUCGAGUUUUCUGUUUGCGGCAACAGCUGGCUGCCAACUCAGAAGAAAGUACAGAGGUUUGGGGCAGAAUCCAUAAUGUCCUCCACUGUAGCUGAAACUACAAGACCUCUGGCCUGUGUGUCUAGGACCCCUCUAGCCAACAAUCACUGCAACAUUCUUCCAAUGGGACGAAAUAAGACUCAUCCUCAACGCCUGCACAAUCAGGGAUGGACAGAUGAAAACUAAAAGGCCCAGAAGUGGCCUUUAUUUAAACACUAUUAUUUAAUUUUGUUCAGUUAAGGGACAUGAAAAUAAACCCAACCUUAACUGUUUCCUCUCAGAAGUCUACUUCUGCCAUAUGAAAAAAAAUGCCUUUAAACAUUCGAGCAAAGCCCGCACAGGCCAAGCUGUCUGCUGCCUCAAAGAGUGGGGGGCACACAGAUGGCAACACAUCUCAUUCACGCUUUUCCAGAUCCCCCAAACAAGGGAAGGGUAAACAGGCUACGAGUUCUGCACCAGGCUUUCGAUCUGGGCUAGAACCUGGCUCUGUGUCUGGGGGUGUGCCUGCGCCAGCGUCAAAACCGGCUGGAGGUCAAUGCGCGGUCUCCAGACCAGGUUCAAAGACCAAACCUAGCUCGUCAACAGAUAAAGGAGUAACUCAUGGUUCAGCAACAGCUCCGGGGGGUAAAACCCUGUCCAUGGAGAACAUCCAGUCGUUGAGUGCUGCCUAUGCCACUUCAGGCACCAUGUACCCUCAUGAGCGGGAUUCCUUGGAACCCUCUGGUGGGUACCCCAAGGGUACCAUGACACUGGGCAGAAGCACAAGUCGCUCCUCUUACACUAAUCGGACAACGGCUAUGGGAAGCAGCCCAAACAUCACCUCUUAUGGUCCGUCAGACCCCUAUGGAGACCAAACCUUGCAUCCUGCAGGGAGUUCCAGUUUGCGGAAUCAGUCUGGAAGGCAUCCCCAGGCACCAGACUCCGCUGGACGUGGGGAGGUCUCAACGUUUGAUCUACAGUCUCAGCUUAGGGAGCUUCAGAGGGAGAAUGACAACCUGAGAAAAGAACUGGAUGGUGGAAGGGAAGGAAGGAUGGGCCACAGUAUGAACAAUGUGAACUUCUGGAGCCCAGAUGUGAAAAGAGACAAGGGGGUAAGGCAAGAGGAGGGAGGAAGGGCCUCUGUUCUGAGGGACCAGUACAGGACUAACCAAGAGGAUGCACAGCCUGGGGAUGUCAGAAGGAACAAGCAGAUUCCAUUGACAGUUCAGGAACUUCAGGAGGAGUUGAGGGCUCACAGGGAGAUGAACAGUCGCUUACAGCAACAACGACAGCAGGGUAACUCUGGCUCCUACCGAGAACUCCAUACAGACCAGGACCACAGAGGGGGGCUAAGCCCUGGCCACAGUCCCAGACAAAGCCCAAGCAACCUUCACAGCCCUGUGCAAAAGAACAGCUUGAGAGCCAGCCCAUCCAACACCUACAAUCCAAGGCAACAGGAAGCUGAUGUCAUCAUUCACAGCCCUGGUUAUGGCUGUAACGCUGCUGUAGCUGUGCAGAGAAUCAGUCCUGCCAACACCCUUCAGCCCGGGCCGAGGAAGAGCCCAAGUCAGCCUCUCUACAGUCAAGGUCCCCAAUUAGCACCAAGCGCAAGCUCACUUCGGCCCUGCAGCCCCUGCCAGGUACCCGGAUGUGACGGCUUCUCCUCAACUCCUCCUAUUGAUCCAUCAGAGGAAAAUCUCUUCAGCCUGCAGUCUGAGCACGAGCGGCAGGCUAAAGAACUUUACCUGUUGAGGAAGACCAUGGAGGAGAUGGAGAUGAGAAUCGACUCUCAGAAGCAGACGCUGGGUGCACGGGAUGAGAGCAUCCAGAGGCUGCUGGAGAUGCUUCAAGGCCAAGGUCAGAGUCAGGGACCCUGGGGUCGGGGACAGCGGACGGGCAUAAUCACCAUGGCGGCACAGGAAGCUGAAGCCCAGCUGGAGAACAUGCACGUGAGAGAGGACACCAAGAUCUCUUCCCUGGAGAGGAACAUGAGAGACUUAGAGGAUGAGGUCCAGAUGUUAAGGACCAGCGGCCUUAUCCACCCUGAUGACAGACAGGAUGAGCUCAAGCAGGUGGAUGUCUACAAGAGCCAUUCCAAAUUCAUGAAGACAAAGAUAGAGCAGCUGAAGCAGGAGCAGACCAGGAAGGAGACAGAGAUGCAGGCCCUGCAGACCAAACUAGAAACCCUGACCAAUCAGAACUCGGACUGCAAGCAACACAUUGAGGUGCUUAAGGAGUCGCUCAGUGCCAAGGAGCAACGCGCCAAUACACUACAGACAGAGGUAGAUGCUCUGCGUGUGCGACUUGAAGAGAAGGAGCAGUUUCUGACCAAGAAGACCAAACAGCUGCAGGACCUGACUGACGAAAAGAGCACGCUCACAGGAGAGAUCAGAGACAUGAAGGACAUGCUGGAUGUCAAGGAGAGGAAGGUUAAUGUCCUGCAGAAGAAGAUCGAGAACCUGUUGGAGCAGUUGAAGGAUAAGGACAAACAGCUGGCUGGGUUGAGGGAAAGGGUCCAAGGCCUUCAAACUGACUCAAGCAACACAGACACAGCCCUGGCCACACUGGAGGAAGCCCUCUCAGAAAAGGAGCGAGUGAUUGAGAAUUUGCGUGAGCAAAAGGAGCGGGAGGACAGGGUCCACCUGGAGGAGCUGGAUCAGAUGAGGAGAGAGAAUCAGGAAUUAAAGGACAAACUUUCAGCCCUGCAGCCCCAGAAAAUGUCCCUGAGUCAACCUGUCAACCGCAGCCCGACGCCGAACCAGAGGCCUGACGGAGAGGUUCCAGCAAAAGUAGAUGGGCUACCAGCAGGAAGCCCCACGACCCAAAACAUGGAAGAAGCAUUACGGAAAUGUCCAGACAUCACAGAUCGCCUGAGGCUCCUGGAGCAGGAAGUUGCCCGCAACAGAGAGGAAUCAGGGAAGUCACAAGCAGAGGUGGAAAGGCUAAUGGCAGCUCUGCGGGAUGCUGAGACGGACAAAUCGUGCAAGGAGAAGAAAAUUGCUGAUCUUGAGAGCAUCUGCAGACCAGGGCAAAUCAGGUCUCCGAACGUCCAGAAGCAAAUAGUGCCGGGCGAGAUGAGGAAAGACGUAAUGAUUGAUGGACAUCCACACUCUUUGUCACAGCCUACUCUAUCAGCUUCCCAGGACGCCAUGCGGGACACAGCGGAGCGGAUCAGGGAGCUGGAGAAGGCACUGAGGGAGAGCAUGAACACCUCGGCACAUAGGGAGGCUCUCUGGGCGCAGGAGGAGGCUGACCGUGUUCAGGCGCAGAGACAGUUGGAGGAACUGAUGGGGGCUUUGGAGAAGACCCGCCAAGAGCUCGACACCACCAAACUGCACCUGUCCUCCACUCAGCAGUCCUUGCAUGAAAGAGACGGACACCUUAAUAGUCUACGCCAGGAGAGACGCAAGCAGCUGGAGGAGAUUCUGGAGAUGAAGCAGCAGGCUUUGCUGGCUGCCAUCAGUGAGAAGGAUGCUAACAUAGCCCUGCUGGAGUUGUCCUCCUCCAAACGGAAGAAAUCCCAGGAGGAAGUGAUUGCUCUGAAGAGGGAGAAAGACAGGCUAAUGCAUCAGCUCAAACAGCAGACUCAAAGCAGAAUGAAGCUGAUAGCAGAUAACUAUGAGGAAGAUCACAUGCAUCCACAACAUCAUCCUCAUCACUCUCACCACUUGCAUCCAGCAAACAUGCAUCAUCGAAGUCUGCCAAGAGGGCCCCCCCAUGCCAACCACCGGCCCCCUAUUGACCAGGAUGACGAAGAGGGAAUAUGGGCAUGAUGACCAUCAUGAUGGAAAUCCUGCAUCCAUUUGUCCACACUGCUUGUGGAGCCAGGUACCAAGAUGUUCAACAGCUACGAACUCAAGUGCACACAGUCAAGCAGCCCAAAUCUCCCCACCAUCUUGGCGAUCAGACUAUAUAUAAACUGAUAUACACAUCCUCCAGGACCCAGCAUUUCAGUGUAAUGUGGUCAAGUAUAGCCAGUCACAAAUUCUCCAUCUUACCAAUGAAUGUCUCCUUCACUGACAAACACAUUGGCUCUCUGAGUACUUAAGCCCAUUGUGGGUGAAUGUCCCUCAGCAGAGCAUCAGUCAUCAGUGUGGAGCUUCAAGGUAUUGGCAAGCGGUCCACUGCCUUCAUUUCCCUGCAUGUUUUCAAUAGACUGGGAGCUGGAUUCAUUUACAGUACUGCAGUGCUACAGAGUUCUGGCUCCAUAUCAAGCGACAAUCACUCCACCGCUGUCGACUACCAGUGUGGCUAAGCUGAGCCAGUGGAACUAACCGUAAACCCAUGCCAAUCCUGGACUGGUUUAUGAUGGCAUGAAUGUGUUUACAUCUGCAGCUAAACAGUGAACUGCUGUAAAUAUCACAACAUGGACCUCAAAAUCUACAAUCCACAGAGACCUUCUCAAUGUACCGUGCCAAAGGAGACAACCCUGUCUGCUGAAACAAAUUACUGCAAUGGGACUGCGUCUGAAUUGUUUGGACUAUUCAGUCAACUGACGGUCUCCCAGUUCCUGCGGAGAGAUCAACAAGAAAAGUGAAUUUGGGCUUUAAGAUGCCCCACAAAAAACAGUUUGAGGCUCAGCUUACAUCUUCUCUAAAAAAAAACAUCAGGACCUUUAUUAAAAUGGACGGAAACUCAGCUGACCUCGAAAUCAGCCAGCUUACUGUAAGAAAAGUCUGUUUUUACGUUUCUCCUUGUGUUCUUUUAGCCUGCUGUGCAUUUGUUUAAUGAACCAAUAUCAUGUUCUGUUUGCUUUUCUACUCCGGAACAGUCUCGAGUGCCACUCUUCUUCUUUUUUUUUUUUUUAGCUGUGUGUGACUUCUUAUGCUGACGAUGAUGUAUUAUAUUGUCUAUUUAUUGUUCCUGUGAAUCUGAGUGGCUAAUCUGUUUAUAAUGAAGUGACUUGCAUUUUAAAGCACUGUACUGAAGAUUGACCUGAGGUGACACUUAUAAGGUACAGUAUUGUUGUGUUUUCAUUGAACAGAAACAUUUCAACAAUGUUUCCAUUUGGCCCUAACCUAACAUGUACAGUUUUUGUACAGUGUGUGUGCAUGUGUGUGUGUGUGUGUGUGUGUGUGUGUGUGUGUGUGUGUGUGGUUUCAUGACACUCUCAUGACUGCGGGGUUAACAGCCUUGACUUCUUCCACAGUGUUCUGCAGCAGUCAGCUCGUUUCUGUUUGAAUAAAAGUUGUUUUCACAAGAA